GUUACAGAUACGCCAUCCCAGGAAAGUCACCUCUCAGAGCAGGAGCCAGAGUCGUGCAAGGCAGAAAGUGACAACGUCUUUCUCGUCAGGGCACAAGGAUUCCCCUUCUCGUGCACCGAGGAAGACGUGCUUACCUUUUUUGAUAGCUGUAGAAUUCGAAAUGGUGAGAACGGCGUACACUUCCUCUUAAACAGGGAUGGGAGACGCAGAGGGGAUGCCUUGAUUGAGCUGGAGUCGAAAGCGGAUGUCCAGAGAGCCUUGGAAAAGCACCUGAGGUAUAUGGGCCCACGCUAUGUGAAAGUUUUUGAAGUACACGAUAGUGAUGUAGAGGGCUUACUACAAAGUCUGCGAAAUGAGUCACAAGCCAUAAGUGAUGGAGUUGUACUACUCCGAGGCCUUCCGUUCAGCUCCACUGAGGAUGACAUCGCAGAUUUUUUCUCAGGUUUGAAAAUAACUGACAUAGCUUUCGUUUACCGGGGAGAAAGAAGAACAGGAGAAGCUUUUGUGCAGUUUGCAGCUCCUGAAAUGGCAGCUAAAGCCCUGUUACGACACAGGGAGUAUAUGGGAAGUAGAUAUAUAGAAGUGUAUGUAAGUAGAAAGCAUCAAAUGCAAAGGCAUAUGCCUUAUGACAAGCAGCUGGUGACCUACUCCAAAGAGAGAAAAGAAUAUGAAUCCUUCUCUGAAGAAAGGGGAUUCAGCGACGUGGGAGGCCUCAGUGCUGAAAGAGAAAACAAAUUGUGCAGGGGAGGAACAGAAAGCUCCAGGCACGUUUUAGAAUCUGGGAUCAUCACAUCACCACUGCACUUUGUCCACAUGAGGGGUUUUCCUACCCAAGCUACUGCCCAAGACAUAAUAAAUUUUUUUGCUCCGCUGAAGCCCACAAGGAUCAUGGUAGAAUACAACUCCCAUGGAGAUGCCACAGGAGAAGCGGACGUGCAUUUCGAGAGCCGUGAGGAUGCAGUCGCUGCAAUGGCCAAGGAGGGGUCACAGCUGCAGUGCCACGCCAUUGAAUUAUUCCUGAAUGAACAGCCGAAGGCAAAAGAAGACUGCUCGUGA